UUAAUUUUAUAAUCACAAACAUUUUAAUUCUUUCAAAAAAUUCAGGUUUCCUCAUAACAAUGUUAAAAUGCAGUAAAAUGCAAAAGUAUUCAAAAAGUGUAUCGCAGAGAAGCAUUUCAAGUUUUUAAGUCUUACCUAAUGAGCUCGCGGUUGAACUCAACAUGCAAACAUUUCUUUCGACUUACCAUCAAUCAAACACUGCCAUCAGAUUUUCGAUUCUAAAUCAACUUCUUCUUAAUUUCCCGAAAAAUGAAUUCAAUGAUUUUCGAAAGUAGAACAAAUGAAAUAAAUAACUAAUUGCAUAGAUAUUGCAAUCAAGCAGGUAUAGAUGUGGAUCGUUGGUGCAAUACUGUUGGCGCACUUUUCCCUCCUGUUCAAGACCCUCUGGCUUCUGCUCAUUUGUUAUAAAAGGGAAAAAACCGCCCCGGUUCAGCCAAUUGUUGCGGUGCAAGACGCUGCAAAGACCGACAGGAUGAAGUUCUUUUGGUUCGGUAUCGUCUUGCUCGCUUUUUGCGCGAUCUGUGAGGUGAUUAGUGACUACACUGAUUCCAUGUUGCCUUUAAAAGAUAUUCGGAACCGCGUGCAUCGGACGAUGCGAAUGAACAUGCGAGUAGGAAAACGAUUUGGCGAUUCGGAAUAUGACGAAGAAGCUCCCCAAAGGCGAUUGCGUGGGAUUGUUCGAACCGGAAAAAGAGCUUUAAACAUGGCAAUUACACCGAACACAUUCACACCACUAUACACAAGCUCUAUUUCUGAACAUUCAGACAUAGACAAUGAGAACCCAGACUUCAAGCGCUCUUUGCCGCAAUUUCUUCAAAAUCCGCGUGUAGGUAAAAACGACAAAACCUGGAAAUUUAAUUCUGCCGGAACUUUGCACAAAAGGAGCGAUCCCAAGGCGACUGAUAUGUGGUUUGGUCCGAGAAUAGGCCGAUCCAACGAAGAACCAUACGAAGAUCUUCCUUGGGCGUAUGUUCUUGUCAAUGGAAAUCGGCCAAUCAAUGGAGCAGUAUUUAAGAGCAUUGAAGUGGAAGAUCAACCGAGGGAUGAUUUACCGGAAUAACGCCACAGUUACUAUGUAAAAUCGUUUUAAUUGUUACGAAUGUCCUCUUGUUGGCAAUUUCUUACAUAUUAGCUUUGACUUUGUUUAAUUGUACCAUUUUGUUUAUGAGCAACCGGGAGGGUUUUACGACCAAAUGAGAAUUUGUAAAUUUUUUAAUAACUUUUCCCACCUUCUGAUUGUCAAACUGUAUUUUAUUUUCCUUAAAAAUAAAUUUUAUUUCAACAAAUGUAUCCUUCUGGAGAUGUAUCCUGUUCUUCAUAUAUGAUAUUGUCAAGUAAAGGCUGGAACAUAGUUUAAACAUUAAAAUCACUGUAACGUGUGAUAAACUCUGUAAUGUGGCAAUUUCAUAUUAUGCUAAAUAAAGAAUUUCAGUAA